AUGUCUUCCACGACUAUCUUGAGCCACAUCUUAAAGAGAGAAGAUACCUGUGAGACGUCGAAUGACUACAACGGCGAACACUGGGGUGCUCGAGUCUCCGCUAUCUUUGUCAUUCUCAUCACCUCAACCGUUGGUGCCUAUCUUCCUAUUCUCUGCUCUAAAUACUCAUUCAUCAGAUUACCUCCCUGGAUCUUCUUCAUUACCAAGUUCUUUGGUUCUGGUGUGAUUAUUGCGACUGCCUUCAUUCACUUGUUGGAGCCUGCUAAUGACGCGUUAACGACUGAGUGCCUCGGUGGCACCUUCCUCGAGUAUCCGUGGGCCUUUGCUAUUGCUUUGAUGACCUUGUUCCUUCUUUUUUUUGUAGAAUUAAUGGUGUACCGUUUUGUUGAGCAAAAGGUUGGCCAACACUCCCACUCGCAUUUUGGUGAGACCGAUGUGUACGUCAAGGAGGGCGAGAAAGAGGGUGAAAGCGAUGUGGAGGUUACCAAAGCAUCGGAAGAUAAAGCGGUUGGUCAGAAAGCUGCCGAGCCCAACCCCUUCCCUUCUCAUUUCUCUCAUGGCAACCACCACCAAGACCCUGAGGUUGUUGGUACCCCUGCUGCUGAUGCUGAAAGAGAGAGCUAUUACGGCCACUUGGUUUCCGUGUUUGUUCUUGAAUUUGGUAUCAUCUUCCACUCCGUAUUCAUUGGUUUAUCCUUGGCCGUUGCCGGUGAUGAAUUCAUCUCAUUGUACUGUGUGCUUGUGUUCCACCAGAUGUUCGAGGGUUUGGGGUUAGGCACCAGAAUCGCAACUACGCCAUGGCCGAAGAAUGUCAAGUGGACGCCAUGGCUCUUGGGUGUGGCCUACACCUUGUGUACCCCAAUUGCCAUUGGAAUCGGUUUGGGGGUCAGAAACUCCUACCCGCCAGACUCCAGAACGGCCUUAAUCACAUCGGGAAUCUUCGACUCUAUCUCGGCGGGUAUUUUAAUCUACACCGGUCUUGUGGAGUUGAUGGCCCACGAAUUCUUGUACUCAGAUGAGUUCAAGGGUGAAGGUGGGCUGAAGAAAAUUAUCUACGCCUAUAUUGUGAUGUGUUUCGGUGCC